CCCUAGCUUCAGUGACCAAAGCCUGACUGCUCGCCCGCGUCCAACAAAGACAACGCUCUUCCGGUCUUCGUGACCCACCCGGUGAGCAGCCCAAACCCGCCACCGUCCUCCCUCAGCUCCCACCAAUCGGGUCGCAGGGCCUCGAGCCCCGCUCUGCUGAGUCCGUUGACACUGCGUCCGGGGCCAGACGACGACAUCAGCGCGGGGUCCCCACAACGCCUUGGGGCAGAGCCAACUCUCGAGCGCGUGACCGAAGCCUGCAGUUUUUCGCUUCCGUCACUUCCGGGUGCGACAAUCUCUUCUGUCCGGCCAGACACUGGAGUCGUUAGGUGCCUCCUUGCUUCUGACGGGCCACACGUUUGCCCCUUCUCUCUGUUCCCAGCUGGAGGGACAUGAGUGUCCCUGGGCCGUCGUCUCCGGACGGGGCCCUGACACGGCCACCCUACUGCCUGGAGGCCGGGGAGCCGAGCCGUGGUUUAAGUGACACUUCUCCAGAUGAAGGGUUAAUAGAGGACUUGACUAUAGAAGACAAAGCUGUGGAGCAACUGGCAGAAGGAUUGCUUUCUCAUUAUUUGCCAGAUCUGCAGAGAUCAAAACAAGCCCUCCAGGAACUCACACAGAACCAAGUUGUAUUGUUAGACACACUGGAACAAGAGAUUUCAAAAUUCAAAGAAUGUCAUUCUAUGUUGGAUAUUAAUGCUUUGUUUGCUGAGGCUAAACACUAUCAUGCCAAGUUGGUGAAUAUAAGAAAAGAGAUGCUGAUGCUUCAUGAAAAAACAUCAAAGUUAAAAAAAAGAGCGCUUAAACUGCAGCAGAAGAGGCAAAAAGAAGAGUUGGAAAGGGAGCAGCAACGAGAGAAGGAGUUUGAAAGAGAAAAGCAGUUAACUGCCAGACCAGCCAAAAGGACAUGAAAAGUUGUGUUUGUGUGUUUUCUUCUCCUGUCCCAUAUUUGCGUUAUGAUGACUUAAUGUAGACUGAAGUUGAGGUAGUGCCUUAUGCCAUUAUGUCAUAUGUUGAAAUCCUUAUUCCGGUAUUACUGUGUCUCCAUGCCUUUUUUCCAAGUAGCAGACGUCAUGUUGCUUGGUUUUUGAUAUUUAUAUGUAAGUUUUUCAAAUUUUGUUUAAUUUUAAAAUUUAUUAAUUUGUAGUCUUGAAAUUGCUUUAUAAGCGAAAUGGAGUUUGACUUAUUCGUGGGUCAAACGUCGUAUGUUAGAAUUGUGGGAGGGUGGGAUUUUUUUUAGCGUGUCGUGAUGAAAUACGAGUUUAAAGAGGCUGUCCAGUUCUGUAUUUAGUGAAUGACUUGGUCUUUCUGGUAAUAAUGUGAUUUUGUUUGAAGUAAUUGCCUUUUCAUUGCUAGGUUAGAGACGAGAUGCCGCGUGUUUAAUCACCUCCCCUGGAAAGAG